GUCGGAUCUGAGGGUCCAGCGGGAUGGGGGCCGCCGCGCGCGCAGACGCAGCCGUCUCGAGGUCAGCGACCACCCCUGGGGUCCGGCCGAGACGUCCGGCGGAAUGCAGCAGCGGUGCCUCGCGGUGCUCCUCGCCGCCCUGCUCGCGAGGCAGUGCCUCGGGAAGACGCUCCGCGCCGACGGUGCCGUGCGCUCGGGCGCGAAGGAGGAGCCCCAUCCGCCGCCAGAGCCCUCGGGAGCGGAGCCCGCCAAGGCACCGGACGGCCUCUUCGGCUCCAAGGGCGACGCCUGCAGCGCCUGCAAGUUCCUGGCCACCGGGUCAUGCGCCAUGUACAACACGUGCAUCUGCUACGCUACCAACAGCUUCUUCGAGGUGAUGGGCGUGCCGAGCCCCACUGACAAGGAGAACUGGCACUGGGCCUGCGGGAACGAGGGCGGUGACAAGUACGAGCUCUGCUUCUCCGUGAACGAGCACUACGAGGACACCUUCGGCGACAAGAAGGACCCGAACAAGCCGAAGUGCCCCGUCUGAGGCCCUGCGGCGGGCGAGGGCGGGCGGGCACGCGCACGGCGGCGGGCGGUGUGCCUGGAGAGCAGGGGGGGGGCACGCAAGAGAGGCAGCUGCUCGACGUCCCAGCAGGGAUCUGUCCGUUCUGUGCGCCGAGGAGCGCAUGAGCCCCGCCCACGUGCUACGCACCGCUGUAGAGCGCACUCGAGGUGCCAGGGUCAUUUCCGGAGUGUUCAGCGUCGGCCGAGCCCUGACCCGUGCCCCCGAUGAGCCCGCCGCCCAUCAUUAUCAUCAUCCUCAUCAUCAGGCGGUUGUGGAAUGUCACAGCGUCGGCGGGCGGCCGCGAAUGCGCGGGCGUCGUUUUGGGGCUGCGGAUGGAAGCGAGGGGCGCGCCAGCGUUGCCGAGAGAAUGCGGGACAGACAAGGCGAGGCGCGCUCACGACCUGCGGGCAGGACGACGGGCACUGGCCCACUCGCGCGGCCAGGGUGGGCGAUCGGUGCGAGGAGCUUGUGUGGAUGAGCGCGCAGCAGGCACAGGUCUUCACAGAGCCCCCAGUUUCAUCCUCAGAGUCAGAGCGCGCGCUCCAGGUCGAUCCCACUGCUGCCCGACC